AUGCAUGGAAAGAUGCAGGAGGGCGAGACUGGCACUAAAUCCCCAAAAGUGCAGAUUCAUGGUCCCCCAAGGGAAGUUAUUGGGAUACAUCGUAUGCAAGGCUGGACUGAAAACCGACCGGACAAGGUUAGGGUGAUUGUGGAAAUGGAGGCACCAGCGGACAUCACUGGAGUGAAGUCCUUUCUCGCACACAUCGGGUACUAUAGGAGAUUCAUCAAGAACUUCGCUCGAGUGUCGUACCCACUGGACAAACUGACAUGGAGAGGAGAACAAUAUGCGUGGGGAACGACGCAGGAAGAAGCAUUCCAAGAACUGAAGACACGGCUGGUGGGUGCACCAAUUCUUACGUACUCGAACUAG